GAUUAUGCAAGACUAGGCAAGAAGAGGAGAGAGAGUGAUGUGGCUGCUGAGAAAGAUAGUGCUCUUUCUUUUGGUCCUAAAGAAGGAUUUCAUUUUGCAGUUUCGUCGUCCAUUUAUCAGUGUUGUGGAGUUAUCCCUCCCUGCUGUUAUAAUUUUAGGAAUUGUAUUAUUAAGAAAUUUCCUACCACUUUUUAGAGUUAGAGAGCAGUGCUUUAUAACUUUUGAGGCAGACCAGCUCUCAGUUCCGUUCACGGGACCUUACAAUAUUUAUUACACUCCUAAUGAUACCAAAACUAAUGAAAUAGCCAGAAUAAUCCAGUCACGGUUGCCCGGUAGCACACUGACUGGUUUUAGGACUGAAAAUGAAAUUAUUCGACUGAUAAUGAAUACAGAGAACCUGGACAAAAGAGAAAGAGGUUGCUUUUAUAAUGGAGCUGCUAUUGUAUUUAAUAAUAUCAGUGAUACUGAUGUUUCGUACACCCUGAGACUACGUCAUGAGACUCCGACUCUUAAUCCAAGACUUAACCGUUGGUUUACCACCCUUAGGGCCCCUAUAGCCGACCCUUCAGGCCCUCGUGUCUAUGACAGUCCUUAUUUUAACGAAGGGUUUCUUCACCUUCAACACAUAGUCAGUCAGUCUUUGCUGCAAAAUUUUACAGGGUCAUGGCCUAAUCUACCUGCACUGGAAAUGAGGCAAUUUCCACACAAGUCGUUUGAUGAGGACCAGUUUCUUCCAAACGUUGAAUUCAUUUUGCCGCUUUGUUUGAUGGUCUCAUUCUUUAUAUCAGUUGGACUCUUUACUAAGGAGCUUGUGCUAGAGAAAGAGUCCAGACUGCGUGAAAGCCUCAAAAUGAAUGGCCUCAGUAAUGGGAUGCUCUGGACUACCUGGUUCAUUAAGCAGUUCUUGUUUCUUCUAGUGCCGGUGGUACUCGUUACCAUAUUGUUUAAAUAUGGCAACAUCUUUCCUAAUUCCAAUUUUGGGACACUGCUUAUAUUCAUGAUGGCCUACCUAGUGUCUCUACUCUCCUUUAGUUUCUUUAUAAGUGUGUGGUUCGAUAAUAGUCAGGUUGGCAUGAUGGCAGCUUUUGUAUUUUGGUUUCUAACAGUCAUACCUCAUCUUUUUUAUAAUGAUAUACAUAAUAGUACACUGAAGCUCUUAGGUUGUAUAUUCCCUAAUACCUGUAUGGGGCUGGGCGUCUCCACUAUAGCUUUAUUAGAAAUGAGCGGAGAAGGUUUCCAGUUUAUAGACUUCACGAGACCACUUAACUCAGAGGAUCCUAUUAAUAUGCAUUAUGUGACUGGUCUAUUGCUCCUUGAUAGUGUAUUGUUCAUGAUUGUCUCUUGGUACAUGAAUGAGUGGAGGCCAGGACAAUAUGGAAUACCAAGAAGAUUCUAUUUCCCUUUUGAAGUUUCAUACUGGACCGGAAAGAAGAGCCAAAACUGCUGCACUUCAAAAGGUUCUGUAUGUCCUAGCCAGCAUAGUCAGCUUGAGGAGGAUGUGGAAGGCAAGGCUGAUGGUUCUAAUGAUGGUAGCUCUACACAUGAAGAAAUAUCUGACCUUGAAGCUGGGAUUGAUAUCAAGGGACUUGUGAAAAAAUUUAAAGCAAAGGAAUAUUCAAGGACUGAGAUCACUGCUGUUGAUAAUUUAUACUUCAAAGUCUACAAAGGUCAGAUAACUGCACUACUGGGUCACAAUGGAGCAGGAAAGACCACCACAAUGUCCAUACUCACCGGUCUAUUCCCACCAAACAGUGGAUCAGCUUAUAUCAAAGGACUCAGUAUUGUGAAUGAUAUCGAUCUUAUAAGAAGAAACCUCGGGAUAUGCCCUCAGCAUAAUGUACUCUUUGAUAGACUCACUGUAUCAGAGCAUCUCUACUUCUUUGCAAGACUAAGGGGUGUUCCUGGUUCUUCUAUUAAGAAAGCUGUGUCCUCGAUAAUUUCAGAUCUUCACCUGGAGGCUAGAAAAGAUUACAAAGCAAAUGAACUCUCCGGUGGAUAUAAGAGGAAACUAUGUCUUGCUAUAGCAUUGGUGGGUGAUCCUGAUAUACUGAUAUUAGAUGAGCCAACAAGUGGUAUGGACCAUAACAGUCGCUUGUUGACGUGGCAGAUAUUGGAACAGAAAAAAGAGCAAAACAAAACAAUAUUAAUAUCAACUCAUUCACUUGAUGACACUGAAAAGGCCACUAGACUAGCCAUUAUGGUUGAAGGGAAGCUAGCUUGUAGUGGCAGCCCUGCUUGGCUCAAGAAAAGGUAUGGUGUUGGUUAUAAUUUGAGGAUUGCAUUAAAUGAAAGGGCACCACGAGCUCAAGUGGAUGAGCUCAUUAAGCGACACAUAAGGGGAUCUGAACCUGUCACAAUAGGGGCUGAAACUCAGUGUCUCCUACCACUUGAUAAAAUUGGAAAAUUUGCAGACCUUUUCACCGAAUUAGAAAGAUUUGGGACAGAGUUGGGUAUAGUCAGUUUUAGCAUACAAGAGAAUAAAAUGGAGGACGUCUUUAUCAAAGUUGGACAGGGAGAGAACAAAUCAUGGAAUGCUCAAGUUCGGUUGUUGUCAACAACGUAUUCACGGUCCAGAGUAGUUCCAGGUCAUCCCCCAAUACUUCCUUUGAGCCAGUCACUAAACAGCAUUGACUUGAAUACCUGGGCAUUCCAAGGUACUACUCCGUAUAGUGAUGGUUUCUCCCAGUCUGGUGCUUCUAACUAUUUCCCUCCUCCUCCUGUUGAAUGUGAUGAUAAUGACAGUUGGCUAGAAGAGCAGGACAUGUCCACUACUUUAGAUCAACCUGCUGGAUUCCCAGCAUUGGAUCAGAGUAGAAUAUCAACCAGUCAGCUAGCUGUACACCGUAGAUCAGAUGUUAGGUCUCCUCCUAUUGCUGGUAUGGAAGUGUUAAAGGAGGAGGAGGAGGAAGAAGAGGAGGAGGAGGGAAAAAAAGGAGAAGAAAUGGUAGAUGGAGCAGUCGUUCUUUUUAUACCGGUUCCUGCUGAUAGACCAAGGAAUAAACGAGUAAUGGAGUUGGCUGGUGGUGAACGGACUCCUGUACCUCUUAUAAGUAGAAGUCGUGCAUCCUCCAUAAGUAAUAUAAGCACGGGAUCCAUUAUAAGACCAAGUAUAAUCCAAGAUCUCAACUUACCUGUGGAGGAAGAGAGUGACAUUGAGACAGAAAGGAAAGGGAUAGUGAGGCCUUUCAUUCGGAGUGUAAAGGGUUGCUUAACUCGUUUUAAUCAUGCAACCGGAAAGUGGCUACAGCAGUAUCGUGCAAUCCUCACUAAACGGGCCAUUCACUUCAAGCGGUUUUAUAUAGGAGCCGUGUGUCAGCUCUUGCCACUUUUUAUAAUCAUAUGCAGUUUGGUCAUUUCUGAAACUCUUGUGUCCCAGUAUCACAGCGACAGAAGCUUUCAUUUGACGCUAGAGAAGGCAUCACUGACUGAUAAUAGAACAAUCUUUCAUGCAGCAUUUGUGAACCAGUCCUUGCCAUUUGAGGAUCUUUUGGGUAAAUUUGGUACAACUGAUGUGUUGAACUAUACACGUCAGAUUAUUAAUAUCAAGGAGAAUACUAAUGACAACAGAAAUGCCAGUCGGUGCUGCUCAUAUCAUUAUCAAAUAUUAGACAAAUAUUGUGCAACUUUGGAUAAGGAUGAAUUAAUGUCUGUAUGUAGAGAUGUGGAGGAUUUUGGGUAUUCACAAUGUCUUGACCGAUGCUUAAACUGUUGCAAUGCUACAAGGAAUCGACUUCCAUCCUGCACUAAUCCAAGAUAUCAAAUAAUAGACAGUAACUACCCGUACACCCCAGCAUCAGAAUACUGCCCUGUACCUCCUAAAGUAUCACUGGAAGAUUAUUCUGAUCCUGUUGGCCCACUUGAUGACAUCAAUACAUUUGUAGCAGAGCACCUUCUGUCACUCCAGGACUCUGACCCCUCCUUUUAUAGAACUGUACUUGGAGGAUUCACCGUUUCAUCUCGUGCACCCACUCACUCAGUUUGUGGGUGUGAGGAAACCGAAGGAGUUUGUACGAGUUCUUUAAAGAAAGUUGAAUUUUUAAAUUCGGUUCCUCUCCGUCAAAACUGCUCUAAUAUCCUCUCCAUUCCUUACUUUUGUAGUGACAAUGAGACUUUCCUUGGCAUAACAUUACAGUCUGAUUUCAGCCAGAUAUUGGAAUAUACCAUACAGCAAUCUUCUCUUAGCAUUGACAAUAAUACUGAUAAUGAUAUAUGCGAGAUGUAUCCAGCUACUGGUGGAUCACCGUUAUUACAGGCCACUGAUUGCAUAAGUAUCAUCAACGGUUUGAAUAGCAGUGGUUGUAUAACUAUUAACAAUAAUCCUUUGUCGACUGUCUGUGUUGACAUUAGCUGCUCUGAUUGCAGUGUCUCUAGUAGCAUUAGCUCACAGUAUGGUCAUUGUAAUACUUGGAAAGAUGAGGAGAAUUAUGAACCUGUCAUUACGCUGUGGUAUAACAACCAGGCUUAUCAUCUUUCUCCUUCUCUUCUUAACACUCUCCACAAUCUCUACCUCCAUUCCUCUGGAUAUGGCAAUAAGUCCAUUAAUGUACACAACCAUCCACUCCCCCGUCAUCCCUCUAGUACACUGGACACUGCUUCCAUUGACAUCAUUACUUUUGCUGUCGGUAUUUUGUCAAUGUUUGGAUACUGCUUCCUCCUAGCUAGCAUGUCUCUCUUUAUUGUACAAGAGAAGUCAUCAAUGGCUAAGCACUUACAAUUGUCAUCCGGCUUAAGGUUGUCUGCUUACUGGCUUGCUAACUUUACCUGGGAUCUCAUCACUUGUCUCUUGCCUGUAUCUUUCACUAUUGUUAUUUUUGCUGUCGGGCAGAUAUGGGUCGAGCAAUAUUCUGGUUACACUCUAGCUGCUGUAGCUAGUAUUUUUGUAAUGGUGUGUUGGGCCCAGAUUCCAGCGAUUUACCUCCUCUCGCUUCCUUUCAAAGAUAUAUACACGGCUUACACUUCGUUAUUUCUGAUACUAUUCAUUCUUUCAUUUUCCUCAAUGUCCAUUACAUAUGUCAUUGGGCCUCUAUCUGGCUACAGAGACACCGAAGACAUUCUCCAUUAUAUAUUCCUCAUUAAUCCCAGCUAUGGGCUAGCUACGUCUCUAAGUGACUUGUACACUAAUUCUGUUGUGAGGAGCGUAUGCACUUCUUCCAGCACUGCUUACAUCAUAUGCGCUCAGAGUGAAGCAAGAUAUACCGACAAUCCAUUUCGAUUUUCAAGGCCAGGGGUUGGCGCUGUAUUAGUGUAUUUUUUUGUUGAGGGAAUCCUCUAUUUUUCUCUAACUUUAUUGGUCGACCAUUACAAUCAGAUCAAGCAGUAUAUACUGAAGAGAAGAGGGGUCACAUCUCAGAAGAUGGUGGAGAAAGCAGUUGAGGAAAACAGGAGAUUACUUAAAAGUCGAGAACUCCAGAGAAAUAUGUCUAUCUGGAGAAGAGAUGCAGAGAGAGUUGGAGGGAGCUCACUCGCAUUAAGUCAACGGUUUCCUUCUGGGCCUCUCCUUGAUGGCAGUGCCUGGAGAGGAAUUAGUGAUGCUGUCCAACCGCCUAAGAGCAGAGGCAAAGUCAAUGAGGAUGACUCUGUCAAGAAAGAGAAGGUAUUUGUUAACAAUUUAUUGCAGAGAGGCGAAGUCCCUAAAGAUUGCACAGUAGCCAUUGGACGCUUAUCGAAAUAUUACAACAAUAGCUUUUUGGAUCAAGUCAAAAGUGCUUGGAAGUUCGAGCCGCUGAGAGAAGCUGCAGUCCAAGACAUGAACAUUGCCCUGUAUGAGAGACAGUGCUUUGGUCUACUGGGAUAUAACGGAGCAGGGAAAUCUACUACUUUUAAAAUGUUGUGUGGAGAAAUAUCAGCAACUACUGGGACGGCACUCAUAGCUGGCUAUGAUAUAAGGACACAGCUUCGUGCAGUACAGAGGAAAAUUGGCUACUGUCCUCAAUUUGAUGCACUCAUAGAGACACUGACUGGUAGAGAAACCUUGACUUUGUUUGCCAGAUUGAGAGGAAUAGAAGAAAAGAGGAUAAAAGAUGAAGUUUCGUCACUAAUUGAUAAAAUAGGGUUGAGAGAUCAUGCUGACAAACAAUGCUGGAAAUAUAGUGGUGGAAACAGACGUAAGCUAAGCACAGCAAUAGCCUUGCUUGGGAACCCUCCUGUCAUACUGCUGGAUGAGCCAACCUCCGGAAUGGACAUUAAAACUAAACGGGACUUUAUUAAUACUCUGAGCCGAAUAAUUAAAGAAGAAAAUAAGACAGUUAUAUUCUCAUCUCAUAGUAUGAGUGAGUGCGAGUCUCUAUGCAACAGAAUUGGUAUAAUGAUCAAUGGAGAGUUUAGAGUUAUCGGCUCUACAGAAAAACUGAGGAGCAAGUAUGGUGAUAAUAGUACUAAGCUAACUAUUCGUGUUGAGCACUGUGCAGCUAGUGAAUUGGAACAGGAUGAGGAUGAGUAUUCAAUGGAAGAGAGCACCACUGUAAUUAAUAACCAUUUCCUUCAAGUUCCUCAACCGUCUCCAAUGCCUCUAAGAAGAGCUUUUCCUCAACCUCAAAAUCUUAAUCGAAGGUUGUCCAUAGUAUCACAGGCUCCUCUCCAUCAGCCAAGAAGACCAACAAUAAGGACCUACUCUCGACUCAAAAGCAUUGGAAAAGUAGCAAGGGAGUUUCUUCCAUUUCAGGGGGCACCAACUGCACAAAGAGAAGGAACUGAUGGAGCUGUAGAUGAAUCUCCUGAUGAAGAGAUUUCAGAUAAUCCUUACUUGCGACAUGUCUGUUUAAAAAUAAGGCAAUAUUUCCGUGGAAAAGAGGACAUCACAUUAAUAAGUGCAGAGAAAGAUGAAGUCACUUAUAAGCUACCAAAAUAUGAUGUCCCAUUGUCAGAAAUAUUCCAAUUAAUUCAGUUACUAAAGUCUGAUCCAAGCUGUCAUAUAACUAGCUAUAGUGUCAGUCAGUCAACAUUAGAACAAGUUUAUAGUCAUUUUAUUCGAGAGCAAGAAGAGCAAGAAAUGAAAAAGAAACAGACAAAAGAAGAAAUGUAAUGACUAUUUAAUAUUUAUUGUAUUGUUAUUGUAUAGUUUGUUGCUCAUAAUGAUUAUAUAAAUAAUUUGAAGAUAUUUUUAAAGUCUGGCAGACUGGCACAGUCGUGUUUUAA